CUAAUUAUCACCUGUAAGCCAGCUGAACCACAUCUCGUCGUGCACAUCCGGAGCCCGGGAACACACACACACAUUGUCAUGGCCAUGCCCAAGCCCGUCCUGAGCCUGCUCGUGCACCUACACGCCGCCGUCCUGUUCCUUCCCGCCCCGGCCGGCGGCGCGGUCUACAACGUGCUGCGCUACGGCGCGCGCCCCGACGGCGUGACGGACGCGGCGGGGCCCUUCCUCCGCGCGUGGGCGGACGCCUGCCGCUCGCCCCUCCCGGCCGCCGUGUACGUGCCGCCAGGGAGGUACCUGGUGCGGAGCGCCACGUUCACCGGCCCGUGCCACACCCGCGCCGUGACGUUCGCCGUCGCCGGCACGGUCGUCGCCCCCGCGGCCUACGGCGCGCGCGGCUCGUCGGGGAGGUGGAUCACGUUCGAGAACAUGGACGGCCUCGUCGUCGCCGGCGGCGGCACGCUGGACGGCCGCGGCAGGGCACUCUGGGCCUGCAGACAGCGCGGGCAGCGCGACUGUCCGACCCCCACGUCCACUCUGACGAUCGCCAACUCCAAGGACGUGGUGGUGGCCGGGCUCCGGUCGGUGGACAGCGAGCUGUUCCACGUGGUGGUGCUGCAGUGCCACGGCGUGACGGUGCGCGGGGUGACGGUGGAGGCGCCGGCGGACAGCCCCAACACCGACGGCAUCCACCUGCACAUGUCCACCCACGUGUCGGUGUACGACGCCAGGAUCAGCACCGGCGACGACUGCAUCUCCAUCGGCCCCGGCAACUCUCACCUCUGGAUCGAGCGCGUCGCCUGCGGCCCCGGCCACGGCAUCAGCAUCGGGAGCCUGGGCAAGCAGCAGGGCACGGAGGUGGAGGCGGUGCAGAACGUGACGGUGAAGACGACGUGGUUCACCGGCACCAUGAACGGGCUGCGGAUCAAGACGUGGGGCGGCUCCAAGCGCGGCUUCGUCACGGGCGUCACCUUCGCCGACUCCACCAUGUCCGGCGUGGACAACCCCAUCAUCAUCGACCAGAACUACUGCCCCACCAGCAGCGGCUGCCCCGGCGCCGGCCGGAGCUCCAGCAUCAGGAUCAGCGACGUGCGGUACGUGGGCAUCCGGGGCUCGUCGGCCACGCCGGUGGCCGUCAACUUCGACUGCAGCCGGAGCUACCCCUGCAGUGGCAUCAGCCUGCAGGACGUGGCGCUGACGUACCAGAACCGGGCCGCCGCCAAGUCCUACUGCCGGAACGUGCAGGGGACCGCGCUCGGCCUCGUGCUGCCGCCGAGCUGCCUCUGAUCAGACGAUCGACCUUGCAACUUACAUUGCCGGCCGGACGCAGCAGUUAGCUGCAUGCGUUGUCACGUGUAUAUAGAUGCAUAUGUCGAGUGUAUUAUGUACGGAGUAUGUGGGGAGUGCUUACUGCUUAGACUAGGAGAACAUUACGAGCUUCUUCUGACAGUAGAUGGUUAUAU